GUACGCAACGAAAAACACGCGCGCAAAUGGAAUGACCCACAGUUCGGUGUCGUUUCGAAAUCCAUACAGCCGGCCUGGUAAAUACUAUCGUGGGAAAGACGUAAAUAAGCUUCAAGCAUACCUCAAAUAUGAACACACUGUGAUCACAUGGCGUAUAGAACCUUCCUAACUACAACAAAGAGAAACAAGUGAACCGAAAUGGGCGUCUUCGAAGACAAGCUAGCCAUCGUUUUACGGUUCACGACAACCUUGUGUCAGCCAUGACACGUACAACUUUAUGGGAGUGCAGUUCUUCACACAACUCUCCGUGGCUGUAGACAGUUUUCACUGCCACAGUUGCCUUAGCUAAGUUGGCAGUCAUGAUUUUCAAAUACGGAGGGACGACGAUUCGCCUGUUCAGCACCAAACUGUUUAUUUUGAUUACUUUAGGAGUUUGUGCCAUUUUUGCGGUGCUUGCGCUCCACGAGAUUAUUACAUCCAACCCACUUAACAACACACCGCCAAACAGAGAUGUUGGUUACAAUUUACACAAUUUGAACAUAUUACCGACCACACUUCGCCAUGAAAAUACCUUCAAAACUUCCAGUAUUGACGGAAAUAUUAGAAAUACUGCCGCAAAUGAAAAUAUAAACAAAAAUCUUCCUCAAGGGAGGAUUACGGAAGCGGUUAACUUUAUACGUCCUACCGUCACAGUUGAAAAUCACAUUCACGUCGCUUCUCCGGAAAUAGAAAAACUGCGGAAGAUGGUGAAAAUUCUGAACGACAAAGAGUACGUUCGAAAUACGGAGAAAUUCGGCACGGAUUUUUCUCAGAGUUCAAUUGUUAUCAUCGUUCAGGUUCACGAUCGGGUCGAUUAUUUCUCCCAUCUUCUCAAGUCACUGAGUCGUGCCAAAGGAAUCGAACAUGCCCUUCUGAUAAUUAGCAAUGAUUAUUAUUCGGAGGAAAUAAACCAAAAAGUGGAAUCAGUGGACUUUUGUCGGGUAAGUUAAAUUGUUACAACCGUAUCAAAUAUCCUUCACUUUCUAUUUAUGUUAUGAUGGGCGAAGCAUGUAUAAGCUCAAAUAAAUUCUACGAAAUGAGCCACUGGAAACAAAUAUUGUGUUGUUUUCCUUGUCCUGGUGACAAAUUUAACGAAAUUCCCCCUCUUUGCACUUGUCCCAAAUAAGUGAUUAGAAUUUGCCAAGUUUCUUGACAAAGAUUUGUACUAGAUAUGUUAGUGGAGUCUCAAAUUGAUAUAUUUUAUAGAUCAUAUCAACAUUUAUAAAAAAAAUCUUCGAUUUUCUUUGAAAAAGCAUUCUAAUUUGGAUUCUUGCUGUUUACUUAAUAUAUAUUUUACUUAAAUUUUCUGGUUAGGAAAAAAAUAAACAUAGCUGUUUUACUGACAACUCUAUGUGUGUGUAUGCAAAGCAAUAAUAUUUCAUCCAAUCACCGUUUUGAAUAAUUUAGUAAUAGUAACAAUUUUCAAUUAUGAGUGUUGAUAUGUAAAUUUUGUAUGAAGUUAGUUAAAGACAGCUGGGUAUUAAAUUUUUGCGUCUCAGUCUGCAUUCCAAGUGUGCUCAAUUGAACUCCAUGGUUGCAAUCAAGGUUAAGAUAUUUACUGGGAAACCUGUAAAUGGAGGGCGAAGGGACUGCUAUAACGAGUUUUAGUUAUAUUGAGGUUCUUUUUCAUUUUAUUUUACUAUUACUUGGUCAAAGAGAAUUCUUUGUUAUACCAAGGACUUUGUUUUGUAGAGGUUCAUUAUAAUAUUGAGGUUCCACUGUGUAGACUUUUUGAAUUAACACUAGGCUAAAGGUACCCCAAUAGUUACAUGUUUCAAUUUUCUCCUUGGUGUAAAUGUUUUGAAUUCUUACAGUACAUUACCAUACACAGAAGAAAUGGAAAGUCAAAUUUGCACUUAGAUCCCAUAGUUUUGUAGUAAAAGUGCACACAUUAAGAAAUGACCAUCUGGGUGAGUGAUGAGGGUGUCAAUUGGAUAUAGCUGUAGUCAGUAAACAGCGAAAAAUAUGCUACUUGGUUAGUAAACAGCUAAAAAAAAACACUAGUUAGCCCGUAAGCAGCAAAAAAAUGUUUAGUCAGUUAGUUGAAAUGGUUGUAAGUCCUACUGACGUCAAAAUCGUGUAUAGGGUGGUGUUUCCAAGUCAAUCACUUCCUUAAAACUACCAAGUGCUCUCCCACUUUUCCAGUACUGGUUUGCAAUAUUCUUGAACACUUUGUCUUAUCAGUCUGAAGAUAAUUAUUUCUUACAAAUUCAGCCUAGCUGACGCCCUGAUUUGUCUUCCAUGGUUGAACCUGGAAGACGGCACAGUCCUCUUCAACCUCUUUCAGUAAAUAAAAUUCUUGAACAAAAGCGCCCGAGCUGAAUUUCUGUACACAGUCAUUGUGCCAUUUAUCAUAACUAUAACAGAAUUCUCCAUUCCAAUUGGCUAUCGGUAGCCCAGAUUUCAACAUUAAUUAGACUUCAUUCAGUCCUAUUAUGCCAGAUUACAGACAGUCACACCAUCUUUGCAAGAUCAUGCAAGCAAAGAGCAAUGACACUGAGGAAAUAAACAUUUUACAGAAAUUGUGCUUGAAAAAUACUAGUUAGCAUAAUAACAAUGUGAUUUACACAAAAAAACAGAAAUAGUUGUAUCAAAACAAGGGAGUCAACUCCAGCCUCGUUCCCAUCUAAUUUGAAUUAAGACACACAACCACAGGCAGUUCGAACGCAGGCUCGAACAAGUACGGAACGUCGCAGCAAAGAGUAAGUCGCAUAUACGUCAACUAACAGAUUAAAGUGCAGGGAAUAUUGACAAAAUACAUUUCUAUCAAUCUAUGUCACCAUGUUGUCUUUUUAUUUUAGAAAGUCUUCAUCUUUUUGUAUCAAGUUCUAACUUUUUGGCUCUGCUUGGCUCCAUAUACGCUUAAAAAAUACCCUGUUUUUAUAUGCUUGUCAGCUAAUAUUUUGUAAUUUAUACGUUUACGAUAGUGAAAAAAGGCUUUUUUAUGCUAAGCAGUUAACCUUAUUGGCACCCUCAGUGAUGUCCUGAAUAAAGUCACAAUCACACAAACAUUCAUAUACAGCAGCUAGUACACUCAUGCAUGCAUCCAGGUAAUCACAUUGAAUAUUCUUAAUAAGUCAUGAGUCCUGGGUUCAAACCAUCAACAAAGAAAGAGGAAAUAAAUAAGAAAAAAAUCCUUUGUAAAAUCAGCAAUGUAAUAACUUUGAAUCACAUUCUCUCCACUGUUCCACAUACACUUCCCUUGACCUAAAUAGCCUGAGAAUAAAACCAACAUUUAAGGAGGCCACCAGUCCACUGGAUUCCCUUUGAAAUGAUGUUUGAGAAAUGAUUAUACAGUGUGCAGUGUGCAGUGUGUAGUAAUGUCAUACUGAUGACAUGUCACUACUCAGAUCUGGGUAAACCAUCUGAUUGGUUGAAAAUUUGCUUCAUCAAAUCAGAAGCACUACCCAGAUCUGGGUAGUGAUGCAUCAUCAGUUAUUGUAUGGAAGCUCUGCGAUUGUUCUGUAGACAUCAUUUGGCAGGGAAACAAGAGGUGGCAAUGUGGUUUAUGAGGGUUAAGCUCCCCUUUGUAAUGAGGACAAAUGAAAAUUUCCCCAUAAAAUAUUAAUAUUCUUCUUCUUUUAAUUUCUGUCUAGUCUUUAACAAGUUGAGUAAUUAUUGUUUUCCUCAUCUAUUUAAUUAAUUUUUCUUUUACUCUUCAGGUACUCCAGAUUUUUUUCCCUUUCUCAUAUCAGCUUUACCCAAAACAAUUUCCUGGCACUGAUCCUAAUGACUGUCCAAGGGAUAUAACAAAAGACAAGUGAGUAUCUUUACAACUCUUAGGUAGCACAGUCUCUUGAUCAGUUUACAAUGUACUGUUUAAUUGUAUUAGCUGUUCUAAAGACAUGCUGUGAUGCAAAUGUUUAGCGCAUAUUUGUGCUAAAUCGGAAAGAGCUUGAAAAUAGAGAACUUUGUGCCUUAGUUGUGACAUCACUGUCUAGUUUUCUUGACAAACCUCCUUGAGCAGCAUAAUGAAUUCAUAUCCUCUGAACUAAAAAAAUGGUUCAUACUGAAAAAUAUGCUUUUUUUUCUCAUUGUUGUUGCUCAUUCUUUCUUUGUUUAGAGCAAAAGAAAUUGGUUGUAAUAAUGCUGAGACACCAGACAUGUUUGGUCAUUACAGAGAAGCAAAGUAUACCAUGACAAAACAUCAUUGGUGGUGGAAAGUAAGCCAUAAAUCCUUUAGCCCCCAGUAUUUGAUAUUAAGGCCCAAAUAUUAGAUUUAUUUUAGCUUAAGGUUAUCAUACACGUACUUUAAUAAUUAUUAUGACAUUGACCAUCACCUUGUUAGCUCAAUUAUUGGGAGAGUGCCGGUCUGCUGAGCGUUGCAGGUUCAACCCCAGCCAGACCAACACUCUGGGUCUUUAUAUAGCUAAGAAGAAAAUGCUGCGUUUGUAAUGACAUCUGCAAAUGGUUAGACUUGUAGUCUUCUCCGAUAAGGAUGAAAAGCUGUAGGUCCCAUUUCACAGUAUCUGACCUAAAAUCUGGUUCUUGCGGGAUGUAAAAGAACCCACACUACUGUUCGAAAAGAGUUAUACCUCAGUGGUGUGGCCAACCUUUCCUGGGCUGGUUGGGUUAUCUGUAAGGAGAGAUCUUAUUGUACAGCUGUAGGGCUACCCUCAUGAUCCUCCUUCAGGCAUUGUAAUGGCUAGCUGUAAACAGUGUACUAACUGAACUGAUGCAGAUGAAUAGGGAAACGACAAACUUCUUGCUGGUGAACACCUAACAUUUCCUCUUCACCUUCUCGACGCUUGUGAUAAUUGUUGUAGCUUUUUGCUCUUCAAUUUUUAACUUGUGUUUCAAGUUAAUGUCCUUGCAGCUAUUGUAAACCAGAAAAAUACAACAUGUCAGAGUGGCAUGCGUAUUUCUUGCACAUGCAUUUUUGUUACAUUAGAAUACACUGUAUACUGUGUGGAACAUUGCCAAAGAGGACCUCAAAAUAUGAGAGGAUGUCUGACCAAAUAUUUUCACUUUGAUUUCCAGUUUUCAGCAAAGGCUUAAUUUUAAAUGGCACACAUGGUCUAGUGAGCACAUGGAUUAGCAAGUUCUUGAGCAAAAUUAUGUUGCUGCUGUCUCACUGAUAUUUAACACUGAUUAAGGUUGUUUCCUUUUUCAGGUUAACAAAGUGUUUGACCAGUUAAAUGUAACAAAGUCAUAUGUGGGACCAGUAUUGUUUCUUGAAGAAGACUAUUAUGUUAGUCCAGACUUCUACCAUAUGUUAAGAUUGCUGUAUGACAACAAAAUGAAGUAAGUAGCACAAAUUACAGUGAAUGCCCCACCACCAUAACAGGGCUUCUGACAGGUCGCAGAAGAAAAAGUCAAAUUUCAUGGGAUUUUUAGGGACAUAUUCACGGAAAAAUCGGCCGAUUUCCUGGUAAUUUCAUGGGAGUUUUUAGGGCAAACUUCACCAAAAAGCAAUCAGUAAAAAACGGCCGAUUUUGCACUGAUCAGACCAGAGUUUUUAACGUUUUUCUAACAGAGGUCAUCAUUUGCUCUUUCAACAACAAUACGCUCCAGAAAUGAACCGAUGGCAAAGCCUUUAACAUCAUGGCUAGCGCCCAGUUUCUCCCAACAUAAUCUAUGCCUGGUAGUUUUGGUACGUUGUUUGCAUGUUUCAGUGAUGAAGUUCUAAGAUAAAUUUGCAAGUUUACGGCAAGUAAGUAGCCCCAAUAGCAGAAACAAGUUCCAAAUAUAUUGUACAGACAUGUAUUUGAUAAGAUUCCUACCGAAUUUCACGGUAUUUUUCGUGUUUUUGUGAAUUUCACAAGAUUUUGCAGAUUUACCUGAAUUUUGCGGCUCCGCGACUGCGCGAAAUAUCAGAAGCCCUGCAUUAACAAUUCUACCUACUGAAAACAUAUUAUUAUUAGUUUACAAUAAGUUCAAGCUUUUAAUGGCAAUUCAGGCUGGUUUAGAAAAAAGCAUUUUCCAUUGAUUUUGGUGAUGGCCUUAUUAAUUCUCACCACCUUUUCUAGUGAUGAUGUACUUUAUAAAUUGUUUGUUGUUGAAUGAAAAUUGAUUUUGGUCACUGUUGGGAGCUCCACGAUUAAAUGACUCAUAAUUUAUUGUAUCUUAAAUUUCACAGUGGGUGUAAAGAUGAUUGUGAUUUCAUCACUCUGGGAACUUACAAAUCUGUAGACAAUUAUGCUGGGGCCCAGAAUGUGGUAAGUGGAAAUAACACUCUAACUUUACUUUGCUGGAAAUUAAAAUGGUGUAAAUGAAUUUUAUUAAAGAAGAAGGAGAAUUCAAACACGAGAAAGUUCAGAAAAUUUUUUCGAGCUCCAGUUGAGAAUCGAACUCACAACCCAAUGCUUCAUAGUUAAGUGUGGCUAAAUGUAAUUUAGGCAAAGCUAACCUUGCCUAAAUUGCAUUUAGCCACAUUUAAUCAUGAAGCAAUGCUGGUCAGCAGUUUUCUUAGCUAUGCUGGGGGUGGCCAGAUUCUUCUAGCAGGGGCACCUUGUAACUUGUAUAUGCAGUUGCAACUUUGUAGGCACUGGUGCCCAAGCUCAUCUAUUGGUGAUGAGUUUAAUGCAUCAAUAAAUUUUGACCUGCAGAUCUACAGUGUACAAUCAAUAAUUUAAAGUGAAGAGAAAUAAUACAUGUAUUAUUGCAAGAGCUCUUAGCAUUAGUCAAACCUGACUGGUUUGGUCAGCCCAAUCCUAAAAAGAAUGGCAAUAACUUAAAGAAGAAAGAUGGUAAAGUUCUCACUGAAUGCAGUAUGGUGCUGUUAAUCAGACCUGUGCAGCCAGAUAAGUUUUAUGUUCCUGAAAUGACCUUUUUUUCACUCAACAUAAAACCUUUUUUUUUAACUGAUUUUCAUUUUACCAUCAUCAUAAUCACCAGCAAUCAUUUAAGGCACUCUCCUGUAGCAGUUCGUGGGUUAAGUCAAAUAUGGGUAAAGAAAGUAAUGAAAAUAGUUUUACCUGUAGACAAUGUUUGUUUUAGGCACUACUUUCUAAUUGGCAUUCACAUGAACAUAACAUGGGACUAGCAUUUGACAGGACCACUUGGAAGAAACUCAAGAAAUGCAGUGAGGUAUGCAGACUGGCAGUUAGCUUAUGCUUUUAAGUAACUCUCUUGAAGUUUCAUGCAAAAAAUUAACAACAAAAACAGAAAAUUAAUGAUUUAAUUUAUUAUUAUUAUUAUUAUUAUUAUUAUUAUUAUUAUUAUUAUUAUUAUUACUUAAAUGUGUCUUUCUUCAUUUUUUUAACUCUGUAGACAAAAUAUUUAAUUUUUUGUCAUCAUUUCAAUUAAACAUACAUACAUUUAGCAAUACUUACUUUCACGAACAUGAACAGGCCAUCUUGUAGAUUUAUUGCUUAUUUGGAUAUUUGGCAAGUGGAACGAUUGUUUCCUAGUCCCUAGGCCUCAUUAUUGCGCGCGGCCGAUGUGUUUCGGGUCACGUGGUCCGAGGGCCGCUCGUCUCGGAUACGUCACUGAAAUAAAUUGACCGAGAAGGCCUGGGAAGAUGCCGUACAGGGACUAGGCAAACACGAUUGUACAACGUGUAAAAUUCUAAGUAAGAGGAAAGGAAAUAGCAAUAAAAGGAAGGGACAAUGAAAAAAAAGUGACCACUAUAGCAGCCGUUGCAAAAGCAGACGUUCUGAUGCACUUACAUCUGUGCAGUAGGAACUACAUUGUGAACACCCAGAUCAGCGCAGAACUUUACUGAAUUGGCCUGUAUGUCAGUAAAGUUAGAAAUCCCUUAUUAUAGGAUGUUUAUUUUUGACACAAAUUUAUAUCAUUUCACUUAAUCACUUUCACCAUAUGAUGCGGAACACACAACAGAGCUGGGCUCCAAUUUAAGUGCGCCCCUACAGAUAACCCAUCCAGCUCAGGAAAGUUUGGCCACACCACUCGCGUCUACGUCGCGUCCCCUACUCAUUUCGAACAGUGGUAUAGGUUCUUUCACGUCCCACAAGAACAGAUCAGUAAUAGUUUUCUGAGACGGGACCUACGGUUUUUCGUCCUUAUCCGAGGAGACUAGAAAGUCCAUUACAAAGGCAGCACUUUCCUUCUCAGUUAUUUAAAGGCCCCGAGUGUUGGUCCGGCCGGGGUUUGAGCCUGCGACCUCCCGUUCGGUAGGCUGGCGCUCUCCCAACUGAGCUGACCAGGGGGCGGUUAAGAUUCUUCUUACUUGUUUCAGGUUUUUUGCAAGAGUUAUGACGAAUACAACUGGGACUGGUCUCUUAUGAAGAUUAGUAUUUCAUGCUUGCCACGGCCUUUGAAGUCACUUGUUCUCAAGGGACCCAGAGUAUUUCAUCUUGGAGAAUGGUAAGUUUUAAAAAUGCAAUUUUCCUUUUCUCCUCCUAAAAAUGGCCAAUAAGUCGUAGAAAAUCAUCGUUUGAAGUACUGUAUGGUCCUAAGUGCAAACGUGCUUGGCAAGCGUGUGCGGUUAGUCUGCGUGGCAGGCAUCAAUGAAGGCUAAGGGAAAGGAUGAUUGUUACGGCGUGCGCAAGAGGGAGGAAGGCAGCACCUGCAAGGACCCUACUUUUUGAUCUGUUCCUUUCCUUUAUAUUCUCGGGCGUUCUUUACGUUCCCGUGCGCCUUUCUUCCUCCUUUUUUUGCCGCUUCAAAUGCCUGACACGCCCCGGGGGGAGGGGGGGGGGGCGGGGGGGGGGGGGGGGGGGGCGCCCGUGUCCCUUUUUUCUUCUUUCUUUUUGUUCUUUUUUUUUUUCUUUUGUUGCUGUGUUUUUUUUCGCCUCCCUCUCCCCUUUUUUUGUUUUGUUGUGGCGGGUCCGAGCGGGGGGGGGGGGGGGGGGGGGGGGGGGGGGGGGAUCUAUCCUGCGAGCAGCCUCACUUGUGCGAGUUCACUUUUCCUUGCGGGAUGGCGACUCUGCCGCCAAAAGUUUCCCCUAACUCGCGCAGGCUUUACGGGGAGGCUGCCCCCGAAAGGGGUACCUUUUUCAGGCUUCAGGUAUAUAAAAGAGUAGGGAUUUCGUGAGUUAAAAUAUACGAAAGGGUCAGGAAUUUUGGCCUUAAACUAAAAUGUUUCGAACCGAUGCACCUUAAGGCUGUAUCAAUUUAAUUUAUUAAACGCUUCCUAAAAUUACAAGAAGACUGUUAGCAGGCAUAUGAAAGAGGCAUUUGUUGUUAAUGGAAGGUAUACAAAAGGGGUAACGUUUUAUUGCCAAAAAAAAUGGUAUACAAACGGGUAAGGGGUUGGACCUCGGGUGGACCCUCUCCGUGUCCCUGGGUGCAACGAAGUCUUGCGGGCCGUGCUAGCUUUUCUGGUCUGGUAAUUAAUUAGUGCAUCUGUGGUGACCAAUAGACCUUAUUCACAAUGCCCGCCAUCUUUGCACGCGUUUAAGGAGUGAUGGGAUAAAAGCGAUGUCACGUGGUUUCUCAAGGGGCAAACAAGUGAUAAAUGUUCCCAAUACAAGAAGUCGCAGUUGAGUUUAUUUAUUCUUGCCAACAGAAAAUGAACAACUUUUUGUAUUAAAGAUGAUAAUGGCAAAUUAUGGGUGAAUGUGAUCGUUGUUACUUUUUUAAUGCAGUAGCGACCGUAGAUGUCCUCACAGAACGCAAUAAUAACGUUAAUUUUGUCGAAAGUCAAAUUCGUUUUGAGAGAAUAUACAAAGUCGACCGCGAUUUCUCGCAUUCCCCCUGAAUGCCACGUGACAUUGCUUUUAUCCCAUCAAUCCUAAAGCGCGUGCAAAGAUGGCUGGUAUCGUGAAUAAGGUCUUUUGUCUCAAAAUCUUUGUCACUGGCGCCGUAGUCAGUGCUCAAACGUGGGAGGUGUGUUGUCCCCCCGAAAAUUCUGUAGAGCCACAGUGAAUUGCAAGAGCCGCCCCUUCCGUUAAUACUUCUGUAACGAGUGAAGUUGUUCAAUUCUUUGUCUCUACAGUGGCUUGCAUCACAAGAAAACAGAUUGCAACAUUGAGGCUACAGUGCAGAAAUACCAGUCAAUCAUCGACCGGAACACAGAAAACUUUUAUCCUUCCACCGUAAAUGUCCAGCCGGGGAAUACUGGUCAGAGCUCAAAGUUCGGUCCUAAUGGGGGGUGGGGUGACACCAGAGAUCACGCUCUUUGUUUUCAGCUGAUGCAAAAUAGAUGA